CGCUCCUAUAUCCAUAGUCUCUUCAGGCCUCCGGCCCCUGGCUGGGUAGAAACGGCUUUUAACUCUUAACAUGCACACCGUAAUUGUAGCUUCCUGUCGACCCCACUGAUUGGGCUUCCUGAGCGGCGUACUUUCUCCCUUGGCUUCUAACUCGCUCUGAGUGUCCGUGAAUGUGUUAUUCUGUGAGUGAUCCUCGUAGGAGAAUCCCGAGUCUCUGCAAUGUAUCAUCCAUGAUGUCCUUGAUAUGAUCCAGAACCAUCACGUAUGCUAAGAAGACAGGAAAACAUGAUUCACACUAAAAAGAAAAGGCAAUGUAUGGAAACUGGCCCCAAGAUGAUUCAAAAUGUCAAGAAUUUUAAAGCAGCUACUAAAAAUGUGCUCAAAAAUGUUUAAAAAAUUCUCAUAAUGAAGGAACAAAUAGAGACAACAAAAACUAUGAAAGAGGAUCAAGUAGAAAUUUGAGAACUGAGAUAAAAUAUGAGAAAUAAGUUCACUGGAAGGGCUAGCAGCAGAUUGGAGAAGACGAAAGACUGAGUAAACUUGAAGUGUGAUCAAUCUGAAAUUUUCUAAUUUGAAGAAAAGAGAGAAGAAAGCAAUUGAAAAAAAUAGAGCUGCAAUGAUCUGUGGGACAAAAUCAAAAGGUUUAACAUGUAUGUAAUUGAAUACAUAAUGCUAACAUAUAUGCAAUUCCAGUGCCAUAAGAAAUCAAGAGAAUGAGACAAAAAUAUUUGAAGAAAAAAAUGUCCAAAAGCAUCCAAAGUUUGGUCCAAAUAAUGUCUGAAAUUUGAUGCAGCACAUAAAUUUACAGAUUCAGGAAGCUCAGUGAAGCCCAAGAAGUAGAAAUACAAACACAUACAUACCUAGGUACAUCAUAAGUGAACUACUGAAAUCAAAGAUAAGAAGAAAUUCCAAAAACUUCCAGGAAAAAAAAAGUGCAUAACAUGCAGGAGACAAUACAAAAUUAAAUGAAUUUUUCUUGAGAAAUUACAGGGCUGAAAGACAGUAGAACUGUGUCUUGAAAGGGCUGAAAGACAACAAUUCUAGUAUUUCUAUAUCCAAUUAAAAAGACUUGUCAACAAUGAAGACAAAAUAAAGACAUCCAGAGAUAAACAAAAAAUAACAAUUCAUCACCAGAAGAUCGCACUUGAAGAAAUGUUACAGAAAGGCAUUUAUGCUGAAGAGAAAUAUAUCAAAUUGAAAAUUCAGAUGUUCCAGAAGGAAUAAAGAUUGGAAAUGGUGAUGGCCCUCCAGGAAGUGUAAGGGAGACCCCCAGGCGACUUUCAAGAGAACAGAUUUUUGUACUGAUUUCAGCAGCUUCCAUUAACUUCAGUUCCAUGAUGUGCUAUUCUAUCCUUGGACCCUUUUUCCCCACGGAGGCUGAAAAGAAAGGAGUCAGCAACACAGUUAUUGGUAUGAUCUUUGGAUGUUAUGCUUUGUUUGACUUGCUGGCAUCUUUGGUGUUUGGAAAAUAUCUUGUACAUAUUGGAGCAAAAUUUAUGUUUGUAGCAGGAAUAUUUGUCUCAGGAGGAGUUACAAUUCUCUUUGGUGUAUUGGACCAAGUUCCAGAAGGACCGGUGUUUAUUGCUAUGUGUUUUCUAGUGAGAAUAACAGAUGCAGUAAGCUUCUCUGCAGCGAUAACCGCGUCUUCUUCAAUCCUUGCAAAAGCUUUUCCAAAUAAUGUGGCUACAGUGUUGGGAAGUCUUGAGAUUUUUUCAGGACUGGGACUAGUGCUAGGGCCUCCUUUGGGUGGCUUCUUGUAUCAGUCCUUUGGCUACGAGGUGCCUUUCAUUUUUCUGGGAUGCGUAGUUCUGCUGAUGGUUCCCCUCAACAUGUGCAUUUUACCUAAUUAUGAGUCUGAUCCAGGAAAACACUCAUUCUGGAAACUCAUCACUUUACCCAAGGUUGCCCUAAUAUCCUUCGUCAUCACCUCACUCAGCUCCUGUUUUGGCUUCCUUGAUCCGACGCUGUCUCUCUUUGUUUUGGAGAAGUUUAAUCUACCAGCUGGAUAUGUGGGACUGGUAUUCCUGGGUUUGGCACUGUCCUAUGCCAUCUCUUCACCACUGGUGGGCCUACUCAGUGAUAAAGUGCCGAGUCUAAGGAAGUGGCUUCUGGUUUUUGGAAGCUUAAUCACAGCAGGAUGCUACAUGCUCUUAGGACCUGCCCCAGUCUUGCACAUUAAGAGUCAGCUCUGGCUGCUCGUGCUGAUAUUAGUCAUAAAUGGCAUCUCUGUUGGAAUGAGUUCAAUCCCAACUUUCCUGGAGGUUCUCAGUUGCGCAUAUGAAAAUGGGUUUGAAGAAGGAUUAAGUACCAUGGGACUUGUGUCAGGUCUCUUUGGCGCAGUGUGGUCUGUUGGUGAUUUUAUAGGACCAACGCUGGGGGGGUUUCUGUAUGAGAAAAUAGGCUUUGAAUGGGCAGCCACUCUACAAGGUCUCUGGGCUCUAACAAGUGGACUAGUGAUGGGCUUGUUUUACCUGUUGGAGCACUCAAGGAGAAGAAGGAGAUCUAAACUUCAAAAUAUCCUCGGCAUAGAGGAGGAACGGACCGCUCUCUUACCUGGGGAAAUGUGACCUUAGGAGUCCUGACUGUUACAGGGCUGGGAGAUGGAUGCUGUUGGCCUUGGACCUCAGAGUUGGAAAGGUUUUCUUACUUUGACACACACAACUCCAUGGACCACACACCAGCAUCCUGGAAGUGUUAACAUAAUUUUGGAUGAUCCUGUGUUGGGCUGCACUUACUAUUGUCCUGAAAAACUGGCCUGCUGAACCAGCCACAUUUGAAACCUUCAGUAUGAGAAGAGUUAUUGGAAAUCAGUGAAAGUUUGUAGGUUUCAGUGACCAGACUUGGCCUUGAAGAUUUUACUGACUCUAGGUCUCCUGUUUUCUGUGUUUACUUUUUGUUCUAAGUGCACUGAUUCUGUGAAUGUACCUUUUUUAUUAACAGGGAAAGAAAUGAAUUGAUUUGAUAUGCUUAACAAUAAUAUAAAGAUAACUCAAAAUAUACAGAAAAAUGACUAUGAAAUCAGUUUUACAAAAUUUGCCUUCUCUGUGUCCUGAGAUUUUUGUUUUUUGUUCAAAAGGCAAAAUUCCAGCCUACUAUAUAAAACUCUAUAGCAUACCCUGGCCCUCAGCUCUUCUAAAACUUUUGUUUGUGUGAAAGAUACAAGAAUAGUAUUACUUAACACUUUCAGUUUUAUAACAUACUUUGAAUUAUGAUCGGGUUUAGAAAU